AUAGGAUUUUAUGAAACAUUGGAAUUGAUCGUAAAACUAGUUUUUUGUAAUAUAACAAUGAUUUUCAUGCAAUUCAUUGAUCUAUCAUUGAUUAGAUCAUUUUAUUAAGAUACGUCUACAAAAAUUAAAGAAUAAUAUUUUGCGUGCGGAAUCGGCAUCACGAUUGAUCUGACUAAUAUUGCCAACACCGGAAACGAAAACGAUCGGACAGGAUAAUAAUAAUCUCACAAUCUGAACAUGUCAAAACUUUGAGUAAAAAAAAAACAAUAGGCAUGAUGUGGAACCAUUAUAUGACAGACAAAUUUAGAUAGUUAUUAGACAAUGGCACACCCUCGGGAAAAUGUGCAGGAUUUAACAAGGAGCUUGGAUGCUUUUCACAUUUCUGAGAAUUCAAGUGCUCCAAUUCAGACUGCCCCUGGUGUUAAUCCCUUUGAUAAAGCAGGACUACAUUACAGUCAUAUAAAUCAGGACUCAGAGAGAGGAGGAAGACAAACUCAGGCAGAAGACAGAGGACAGCAAAGAUACCCACAGAGAGCAAGUAGUGAGGAUAGGCAACGACGAAGAGACGGCAGCAGAGAUCGGCAAAGAUAUUCUCAGGGUGACCCUAAUGUGCAGAGGUAUGCUCAAGGUGAUCCUAAUCAACAAAGAUAUCCUCAGAUAAAUCCCAUUCAGCAAAUACAUACUCAGGGUGAUCCCAGUCAGCAAAGGUAUCCCCAAGGUGAUCCCAGUCAGCAAAGGUAUCCCCAGGGUGAUCCUCGUCAGCAAAGGUAUCCCCAGGGUGAUCCCAGUCAACAAAGGUAUCCCCAAGGUGAUCCCAGUCAACAAAGGUAUCCCCAGGGUGAUCCCAGUCAACAAAGGUAUCCCCAAGGUGAUCCCAGUCAACAAAGGUAUCCCCAGGGUGAUCCCAGUCAACAAAGGUAUCCCCAAGGUGAUCCCAGUCAACAAAGGUAUCCCCAGGGUGAUCCCAGUCAACAAAGGUAUCCCCAAGGUGAUCCCAGUCAACAAAGGUAUCCCAAAAGAGAUGGCAGCACUGAUCGGCAAAGAUAUAGAGAAAGAAAUAACAGUGGUGAACAACAAAGAUAUCCACAUGGAAGAGACAGUAGCAGGGAGAGACAAAGAUCUCAACCAAGAGGUGUUAGUAAUGAUCAGGAGAGAUAUUCAAAGGGGGAUGGGUCUGUGAAUCAACAUAACUAUGAUGAGAGAGACAGCAAUCCACAAAAACACGGGGAUGCAGUCCAACAGAGGUACUCACCAAGAGAUGGAAGUAGAGACAGACAGAGGUACUCACCAAGAGAUGGAAGUAGAGACAGACAGACAUAUCCACACAGAGAUGGCAGUUGUGAUCGUCUUCCACAAGAAAAUUCAGAUCUUGCCAAAACUCCUGACACUCAGAUCGGAGGAACUGACUCAGAUGGACGUACUUCAAGACAACGAACCCCAAGGCGAAGGUAUAUAACCAGAGAAUCUGAACAAGAAAUUGAGGGUCAGAAUUCAGCGAUGACCCAACCUCAAAGACAAGAAGGUCCCAUGAGGGGCGAUAUUAAUGUUUUACCCUCAAGACCUCAUGUUCAGACUGAUAGAACAAUGGUAAAAAGUGGAGGACCAGGUUCUAUUUCGCAACCAUCACCAAGUGGACCUGUUAGUCACUCACAGUAUCAGAGGAAUAACCAUGGAAAUCCUAAUGAAAAUUCAACUGAGAGUGGGUCUGAUGGUGGAAAAUCGAGGCGACCACAAAGCUUAGAGAGAGGUCGCCGAAGAGAAGCCUUGCCCCCACCACCUGCAAUAUUAGCUAAUUUAAAAAAAGACAGGGAUUCUUCAACUCCAGAUAACAAUUCUGGUCCUGAAGGUCAAAACUCACAAUAUACAAGUUGUGAUAACAAAGAACUAUGCAUGCCAGCAUCGAACCAAGCAGAAAUCAUUAUUCAGCAACACAGAGAAAAUGCUUAUGGGAAAGACAGUGCUUUGAUGGCUAAAUUACAGUCAACUUACAAACUGUUAAGAUCUAGAUCAUUCAACAGAGAUAGGGAAAACAGACCUCAAGUGGAAGUCAGACGACGAGAUAGGUCGCUUAAUUCUCGGGAUGAACAGCAAGUGAACAGACAGCAGGAUGGAAACAAUGUUGACCCAGUAAAAGACCCCACACUUAUCUAUUCAUCAGAGGAGAAGGUUGAAAGACCAGUGGAGGGUCGUCACCGCGUCAGAGGGAGAAGCCCACAGCAGUUUCAACACAAUAACUCUCAUGACAUAAAUUCCCCAAAUACACAUGGUCCAGAUCAAAGGGGUCGAAGUCCUAGUCAACAACACCGUGAUUUCCACAGAAAUGAACAGUCUCAGAAUUCACACGCCAAAGUUAACAAUCAACAAUGUUCUGAAAGUGAGUUUGACAGAAAACAGCAAUACCCUCAGUUUAAUGAACAACAUGGUUCAAGUUAUUACAAUGGAGGAAAUGAACAAAACCCUCCUUCUAAUGACAGUCAACCAGUACUUCAUAACGAAUUCCAAUCAAAUCAACUUAAUCACAGCAGAAGUCAACAGGAAUCUCAUGGUGGUAAUUCACAGGAAGGGAACCAAUUUAACAAUGUUCUUAGUGCGAGGGGCGAUAACAGCGCAGCAGUUCCUGAUUUAAAAAGUCGAGAACAAUUACAAAGUGAGCUGCCAUCUAGUCCAUCUAGCAGAGAAAAUGCAGCAUUCAGAGGAAGCCCAUCUUUAAAACGCAUGACUGGAGUAACAGAUCUGGACAAGGCUAUGAAAGACAGAGAUCAAGAAUUUCUUAGCAAACGUUUCGGAGAUACAAACCUGAAAAAUGAGCCUUCACCUCAUUCUCCAUCAAUAAACAGUAACCAUUCCUGUAGUGAUGAACAGGAAACUGACAUUGAUGAUAUGAGCAAAGAAAAAGGUCAUGCAAAAUUCCGGCUUAGAAAGGUGUCAGGGGAAAGUUCUCCCCUAAACAAGUCUUCUCCAUCAAGUCCAAUGUUUCCCCCUUCUGCAUCCUCUCCUUUGUCUUUUUGUGAUGAAAAAAGACAAUUCAGUGAUCCCCGGGGAAAAGAAAUUCUCCGUAGACGUCCAAAUAAUUUGGAGGAUGCCGUGAGCUGGCCAAUUUUCAUUCCUGGAACUGUAGAUUUUACUAAAUUUGAAGUAUUUGAAGGUCAAAUGCUGCUGAACUGGUUGCAGUCGACCAUCGACGACAAGCACUACCUAAGACUAGUGAUGACGCGACAUGAUAUGAAUGUCGUUCUGACACAGUUUUGCACAUGUCUUAUUGCAACAGGGAUCAUGAAGGAGAAAGAUGGGAGAAAUCAACAAAUGUUCAAGCCAGACUGUAUGUAUUAUUGGACCCACACAGAAAAUGCCCCCGCCCGAUACGAUGUGGACGUUGGCAAACUAAGUCCCAUGUGGCCUCCUUCAUCUACAAAAGAUGAAUAUGGCCACAAAUACACAGAAGCAGAACAACAGGCCGCAUUUGUGAAUGUGAAGAAGGAAUACCAGCUGGAAGUGGAAAAGUUGAAGACAGAGAACCAGUCCCUUUUGGAUCACCUCCGUGAGGAAUACCAGAACCGCCUCCAGGACAGUACGGAGAGGAUUGUCCGCUUGGAGAAAGAACUGCAGGAACUGAAGGACCAGAAUGAGGCUCUGUUGGAGACCCAGAAGCAGCUUGAGCAGAAUUUUAUGACCCCCCAAAAUGGAGGAGGGAUGUUUGCAGUCACAGGAACCCCUGGCUCACAGAGAUACCAUACUCCAGUAACACCGGAGUGUGUGACAGGGGAGCACCCUGACUUACUUAGGGAUGAUGAUUUUGAAGGAGAUAUGACAAUGCCACUUCCCCCAGAUGAGCUACGUCCAAAUGCUCCUCCCCCUCCACCACCACCCCCUCCUCCUCCUCCUCCAGGAAUUGGGGCACCUCCUCCUCCUCCACCCCCACCAGUACCAGGUGGCCCACCACCACCUCCUGCUCCACCAGGGCUAGGUGGACCUGGGGUAACCAAAAAAGGAUCUGUUAAGCCAUUAAUCCACACCAAAUCUCCCAUGAAACCCCUCUUCUGGCAGAGGAUACAGGUUCAUCAAAUCAAAUCCAAAAGCAAAGAUUUGAGUAACAUGCGGUUGGUGUGGGAGGAGAUUGAUGAGGCAGCCAUUGAUAUGGAUGAGUUGGAUGAACUGUUCUGUAAGCCGCCAUCAGAAAAGUCGCAAAAAGCCAACAAAACCAGGGCCAAGUCUCCAGCCAAGCAGGUUGCCAAAAUCUUGUCACCAAAACGUUCCCAGCUUGUGGGAAUUCUGCUGUCUAGUCUUCGUGUGGAUGUUAGUGAUAUUGAACAAGCAAUAUUGACCUGUGAUACGUCUUGUGUGGACAUAGAAAAGUUAAAGGCAAUCUAUGAUAAUAGAGCUGACGAGGAUGAAAUGAAGAAAUUGAAGAAACAUGUAGACAAGAAUCCAGAUGUUAUGCUGGAUAAACCUGAUCAAUUUUUGUAUGAUCUCAACCAAGUUCCUGAUUUUUCUGAGAGAAUCUUUUGCUUGUUAUUUCAAGAAAGCUUCCAAGAAAGCAUAUCUGUGAUAGACAACAAAUUAAACAAUCUGAAAAUGACAUCUCAAAUGUUAAUCCAUGGAAGAAGUGUAAGAGAUAUACUGGGAAUGGUGUUAGCCAUAGGAAACUACAUGAAUGGAGGCAACAGGUCUCGUGGACAGGCAGAUGGUUUUGGAAUAGAAAUCCUGUCAAAGCUCAAAGAUGUAAAAACAAAGGACAACAGAAUGACUCUACUUCAAUACAUUGUGUCAACCUAUGUCUCCAAGUUUGAGCGUGAUUUUGCUGGGACUGAGAAAGCCAAGCUGCCUGUACCCGAGUACAGUGACAUCACACAGGCCAUGCUUGUCCAGUUUGAUGACAUUGAAAAGGAACUCAAACGAAUUCAGAAAGAUUUUGAUGCUGCUGAAAAACGUGCUGAAAAAGUAGCCAAGAAUUCCUCUACUGAAUUUGUACAGCCUUUUAAGGAUAUCAUGUCGACUUUCUUUGACAAAGGUCAUGAAGAAUUUAAAGAACAAGAGGAAAAUUUAAAGGAAGCAAAGAGUGUGUUUGCCUCUUUGUACAUGUUUUAUACUGUGAAACCAAAGACUGGAGAGAAGGAGGUGACUCCAGAAUACUUCUUCUCUCUGUGGUCGUUGUUCUGUCAUGAUUUCAAAGACCUCUGGAAGAAAGAGCAACAGUAUGUGGCCAAGUGGAGAAUACAACAGGAGGAAUUACGUCUGAAACAAAUCAGGGAAAAGAAACUACAGCAACCCAACACCAGAGUCCGUCGGCGAGGCGGAUUGAAAGACAAAUUGGCCAGUAAAGGAAUGCUUGGACAGUGAUAGUAUUAAAUGAUCCAAAAAAGUUGAUCCAAAGAUCAAAGGCAAUUAGGUUCCCGGUAUGAGACCAUUCUACAGCAAAGCAUAUUAAACAUGGAUGGCAAGUUUACUUCAGAGUAUAUGCUGCCAUGAAUAUAUUAAAGUAAUGUGAUCUGAGCUUGGAUGUCAGCAUUUAUUAGAUAGAAUUAAAUUUAGCCUUUGCAUUUUAUUAAAGAAUUUUAUACAUACAAUCAUUUUCAAUUUUUUUUCUGUUUCUGUGAUUUCAGAAUUUUUUGCAUUUACAGAUUUUACUUAUACACUGAGUGUAGUGAUUUUCUCCUCCAUUCAUUUUUUUAUGUGGAUUGUUAUUAAAGACACUUAGUGUUCACUUUUAUUCUUACAUUAAUUUCUUCACAUUUCUUUUUACAUGUGGAGAAACCCAGUCAUUCCAUUAUCUGAGUUAUGUUCCAUUAUAAUCUUGAAAACAAAAAACAUUCCGAUUGUUGCCUUUUAAUUAAAAUGGAUGUGGUUCAUUUUUAGAUAUCACAGUAUUCAUGCAGUCUGUAGGCAGUAUACCUGUACUUCUUUUUUUUCUCUGGUUUAGAGGGCUAGUUAAUGUUGUAGUUUCAAGUUAAAUAAAAUUACAUCGACAUGUACACUUUGUGAGGUGAUAUGAUAAUAGAGAUUGAUUUUCAUUCUCCUUUUGGUUGCAGAUUUAAAUUAUGUUACUCCUAGGUUGCUCAUUACAGUCAGCUACACUUAAAACUGUGUGUAUGUUGAUCAUGAAUGGUAAAAUUUUGUCAAUUCUAAAAAUAUAACACUGUAAAGUGAUCUUGAAAUAUCCCAAAACAUAGUUGUACGAAAGAAUCUGUUACUUCCAUUCAUCAAAUUUUUAUAGGAGAUUUGAUUUUAUGGUUGAGCAUUUAUUCUUUGUAAUUCAGUUUCUCUUAAACAAUUAGAUGAUUUUACAUGGAUACAGAAUCCAGUGGAGACUGUCAAUCUUUUUACAUGCUCUGAUUUGAUAUUCUUAGAGUGUCAUUGUGCAAGUAUUACUACUUGUCCAGAUUUCAUGUUUACUUCUGCCCAAGCAUGGCAUUCAGCUUUUUUGAUCAGUGGUUCAUACAGAGUCACAUUCAUCCUGAUGCACUACAAAUGUAGUGAAUGGUAUUACAUGUUUUAAUAAGAUAACAGUAUAUCUGGGCAGACAGUAAAGUAUUAUACAUGUAUAUAGCAUGUAGUGGAUAGUUCUUCAUGUUUUCAUUAAAUUUGAAUUUUUAGUUUUAACAGUAAGUAGCACUAGGUUGGGCUCUGUUGAUAUUGGUCAAAUUGAUCCACAUGCAAUUACCUAUGCAAUUUUAGCCUCAAGAGAAUGAAAAUCGAUUUUCUUGAUUUUCAAUUCUUACAUGUAGAUACUCUGAAAUGGUACACACACACACAAGGAAAACAAUGCAUUAUUCGGUAAUGAAAUCUAAAUGUUGAAUUGUUGCCAAGAUAAAGAUGGCAAUUUAUUUAUUUUUUUUAUCUUUAUUUCAUUUAUGAGUAAUAUAUGUGAAUCAAAGAUUAAACAGGAUUUUUAUAUUGUAAAAUGUUGGUUGUUGCAAUAAAUUGCAGUUUAAAUUUUACAUUUCUUCUAAUAUUUAUAGCAUAGCAUAGAACAGAUUAUAUGUCCGAUUUUUGGCAUAUAAGGGCAUACAAGACAUAAAUGAAGGUUUAAACAAUGGUGAUAAAACUGAAAAAUCUAUAAAUAAACCAAACUUUAUAAAGGAUGUGUUAUGUAUGAAAAAUUUACAUUUUUUCUUACUUAUGAGAAAAACUUUUGAGCAAUUAUACAUUAUGUUACUGAGAAAAUGCAUUUAUCACUUGUUAGCCAAAUGAAUUUGUUAUUAGAAAGAUCUGAAAAAUAUUACAGUUGCUGUGUAUUGAUUCAAGAAAGUGGUUUUUUUUCUAAGGUUCUCAUGUAUGCAAGACAAUGAUAGUGAAGUAUGACCUUUAAGGUAGUACUCUACAUCGUCAUAAUGGCUGACUUCCUUUAAAAACAUGGAUGACAAAAUCGAUAUCAGCAAUAUUUGACUUUUCCUUUUCUAUUUAAAUACCUAGCCGAGUAGCUCAGUAGGUUAGAAUACUGACUGCUGAACUGUAGGUCGCAGGUUCGAGUCCAGCAGGGGUUUUAAAUUUUUUUCAGAUUACCUUCUACUAAAACUGUAUUUUUUGACAAAAUAAAGUAAAUUUGAAAAUUUUCAAAUUCAAAAUAUUUUUGUACAUAUCCUACACUUUUCAUCUACAUCAAAUUUCUCUGGUGUAGCAUACCUCCUUAAGUGCAUUUACCCAUGGAAUUUUUUUUCUAGUUACCUGCUCUGUAAUACAAUGAAAGAAUACUGCAUCUGAAAUUCAAUUCCCUUUUUUACUUUUGAUGUAUUUAUUGAUCUAUAUGUACCCAGAACAAAGCUUUACUAUGUCUCUUUUUAAAUAAGAGUAUUGUAUGGAGAUUGGAAAUACAUGUAGCAUUUGGUUGUGAGAGUAUAAUUUUGUGAUGUUUGUAUUUUUUUCAUGGAUUUAUAUUUAUAUGAAUAAAAUUCAUCAAAAUAUG